AGUGUAGAGGAGUGCUUCAGUGAGGUAAGAGUAGGCGGCCAUGUUUUUACUUGGUCUGGGUGGAAAUUGAAGAAAAAUUGUCUUCCGGACGGUAAAUCUUGCCCAAAAGUGUAAUUUUUGCAUUAAAAACCAAGUGAAGUGUGAAAAGUGACUAUGGUUGAUUUCGAUCUCAAUGUGGACAGCCUCAUUAAACGGCUAUUAGAGGUCAACAAAAUUCAACAUCAACAGCAAUCGAUGGAACACGGCAGGAAAAAGGGGAAAUUCAAAGAAAUGUUUUCGACAGAUUUUGUUCGAGGAUGCCGCCCUGGAAAAUCAGUGUUGAUGACGGAAGCAGAAGUAAGGGGCUUAUGCCUAAAAUCCCGUGAGAUAUUUCUGCAGCAACCAAUAUUGCUGGAAUUGGAAGCACCACUGAAAAUAUGUGGAGAUAUCCAUGGUCAAUACACAGAUAUGUUGAGAUUAUUUGAAUACGGAGGCUUUCCACCAGAAGCAAAUUAUCUAUUUCUCGGUGAUUAUGUUGACAGAGGAAAACAAUCACUGGAGACAAUUUGUUUGUUGCUUGCGUACAAAAUAAAGUACCCAGAGAAUUUCUUCUUGCUCCGUGGCAAUCACGAGUGUGCCAGCAUCAAUAGGAUUUACGGAUUUUAUGAUGAAUGCAAACGGCGAUACAAUGUUAAGUUGUGGAAGACCUUCACUGAUUGCUUCAAUUGCCUCCCCAUCGCUGCAAUAAUUGAUGAGAAAAUAUUCUGCUGUCACGGUGGACUGAGUCCCGAUCUGCAAGGUAUGGAGCAAAUUCGGCGGAUUAUGAGACCCACCGAUGUUCCCGACACAGGACUCCUCUGUGACUUACUCUGGAGUGAUCCUGACAAAGAUGUGCAAGGCUGGGGUGAGAAUGACCGUGGCGUGAGCUUUACAUUUGGUGCGGAUAUUGUGACGAAAUUCUUGGGACGACAUGACUUGGAUUUAAUAUGUCGUGCUCAUCAAGUUGUUGAGGAUGGCUAUGAGUUCUUUGCAAAACGACAACUCGUCACUCUCUUCUCUGCGCCUAAUUACUGUGGCGAAUUUGACAAUGCUGGUGGCAUGAUGUCUGUAGAUGAUCAAUUAAUGUGUUCAUUCCAGAUUCUGAAACCAGGAGAAAAGAAAGCAAAAUAUCAAUACAGUGGAAUGAACUCGGGAAGACCAUCGACGCCACAGCGUAUACCACCGCCUCCAUCGGUUGCGUCCAACAAGAAAAAAUAAUAUCACUUAGUUCCAUAUUCAUAACAAUUCAUAAUAAAAUAUUAAUGUUAUAUACAGAGAAGAAAACAAAAAAAAAAAGAAACCCAGAAAAACUGCAUCCACAAAAAGAAAAUUAACAGAAAAAUAGAAAAGAAAAGCUGAAAAGGAGUUGAGGAAAAGUGAAAGAGGUGAAUGAAGAAACAAUGAAAGAUGGUACGUGAGACACUGGAAAAAAGGUAAAAAAACACACACCGAAAUGUAAUUUUUAACGAUGACAGAGCUCUCGUCUUUUCUCUAUUAUAAAUUAUACAUAAAAAUUUAUUAAAACUAAAUAAAAACAAUGAUGUGGAUUAAUUUUGUAGAAGCGUAGUUGAAAGAAGAAAUUGUAAAAAAAAAGAGUUGCAGUUACUGCAAACGAACUAUAAAGUGAUUGGACACUUGAAAAAGAAGCUUUAUUUUUUGAAAUAAGACCCGAUAGAGAAUCACAUCACUACAAAAAAAAGAGUAGGGAAAAGUGGGGCAGUUUUGAAAUUGGGCUUUUUUCUCCUGUUUUCAAAUGAAACUUAUGGCCUCUACACAUUGGGAGCAAUUUUUGUCAAAAAUUGCUUUUUUGAAGGAAAUUCCCUGUAGCGUUGUAGGGAGAAACGUCAAAUUUCUGUCAAAAACGCAAUUUUUGACGAAAAUUGCUCCCAAUGUCUAGACGCCUUUAGCUAAAAUUUAGCUAAACAAAACGAUUGCAAAGCUAAAUUGCAUCAAGAUAAAGCUCAAUUCCAUUUAAAAAUAGGACAAAAAAGCCCCAUUUCAAAGCUGCCCCACCUCUCCCUAUUGGGAAAAUCAGUGUGAAAUGUGGAUGAAGAACGCGAAAGCUCUGAAAUAGUAAAAAAGUGCAUAUCUUGAGAAAAGCAACAAAAAAAGAGGCAUGAGGAAUGAGAAUUUUUGCACGUUCUUAUUAAAAAAAAAUUAAUAACAAGAACUUAUUCAUUGGACAUUUUUCAAUCAAUUAUACCUGUAAAUUGUAAACUUUUCCUAUAGGCCAUAAAAAUUGGGAAGUGUAAGUCUUCGUAUUUCUAAGGUAUUUUUUUUUGUUAGUUCACCCCUUCUAACCCCCUUUAUAUACCCCCUUUUCGCGAAAAUGAUUCAUUGAUGAGAAAAUUUUAGCCACAUUUUCCUAUUGGCUAUUUUUUCUAAAAAAAAAAACACCUAAAAAUAGUUUAGCAAAACGUAUUUAAAAAAAAACUCUAUUAUGAAAGAAAGAGAUUUAAAGAAAAAAAAGAUUAUAUUCUUGAUGACAAGUGUUUGAAUAAAAAAGAAAUAUAACUAUUUAAAAAAAAACAAAUCUUGUAGAAAGCAGAACAUUUUCAAAGUAGUAAUAAAAGAAAAAAAAACAGUGAGGAUGUGAAAAAAAAACGGGCGAAGAAAGAUUCUUUCACUUCUCUGUGAAAUAAAAAAAGAGGAAUUUUCUGACAUCACGACAAAGAGUUUAGAAAAAAAAGUUGUAUAUUUGGAAGAGACUUUAUGUGCAUUAUUUGCAGAAGAAUCAUUUGCCCCAAAUAUACGAUUAAACAGAAAGAAAUUGCAUAGUAAAAAAAAAUGUGUAUUUUAUUGACAAUAUUGAUAAAAGGAUCGAGAACCAGAGAUUUGUCCACUAAUUUAUGCGUAAAUUCGGUAAAUUCAGUUAAUGCGACAUUGAAUUAAAAAAAAAUGAGGGAAAACGUCAUUGCAGUGAUAAUCAUAAAAAGGAAUUAUUUCAAUUCGUCUCAUUGUAUUAUUUUUGGCAUCUCAAUUCGUUGGUAAUUUUAAUUAUAGUUAAUAAAUUGGAAGGAGUAAUAGUUGCAAAA